GUACCACUCUGAAGCCGCAAAUGAUCAACAAGAUGGUAAACUCAUUGUGCGUCCUGGCUGCGCUGCUUUGUCUGCCUUCUUUUGCAUCGGGAGCGCAGAUGACCGAUGCAACGACUGCAAGUUAUGCAUUGUUAAACGUGACGACCCCGACCCGGAGCGGAGCUGUCACUGCGGCCGAGCCGAGCCGAGCCGGCCCGGGUCCGACCACAGCAGGGACCCGGCUGGAGGAGACCAGGAAAGCAGCACUAGACUGUCCUCCCCUCGGCCUGGAGUCCAUGCGGAUUGACGACAGCCAGCUCCAGGCCUCCUCCUACCAGCGCUUGGGUUUGGGUCCUCACAGAGGGAGGCUCAACAUCCAGUCUGGUAUUGAGGACGGGGACAUGUAUGAUGGAGGCUGGUGUGCCGAAUACAAGGACCGUAACCAGUGGCUGGAGUUGGACGCCCUCCGUCUGACCCGGUUUUCUGGGGUCAUCCUGCAGGGCCGGAACUCCAUAUGGAGUUGGGACUGGGUCGAAACCUACAAGAUCCAACUGAGUAACGACUCCGUCAGCUGGCGACCAUGCUUGAAUGGAUCGGAGGAGGCGGUAUUUAAAGGCAACCGUGAUCCAGAGACUGCCGUUCUGGGGCUCCUGCCAGUUCCCACCGUUGCACGCUUCAUCCGCAUCAACCCCCAGACCUGGUACUCCAACGGCUCCAUCUGCCUCCGAGCCGAGGUCCUCGGCUGCCGCGUUGAUGACCCGAGUGACGCCUACGCCUCAGAGCAAGAACGGGGAUCAAAGGACGAUCUGGACUUCAGACACCACAACUACAAAGAGAUGAGAAAGCUCAUGAAGUCUGUGACUGAGGAGUGCCCGGACAUCACCCGCAUCUACACCAUAGGCCGGAGCUACAUGGGCCUCAAGCUGUACGUCAUGGAGAUGUCUGAUAACCCUGGCAAACACGAGCUCGGUGAACCAGAGUUUCGCUACGUGGCUGGGAUGCACGGGAAUGAGGUCCUUGGUCGAGAGCUGGUCCUAAAUCUCAUGCAGUAUAUGUGUAAAGAGUAUAAAAGGGGUAACAAGCGCAUCGUCCGGCUCAUCACCGAGACACGAAUCCACUUUCUGCCCUCCAUGAACCCUGAUGGAUACGAAGUAGCUUAUGAGAAGGGCUCAGAGCUGGCCGGCUGGGCCGAUGGACGAUACACCUUUGAAAUGAUCGACUUGAAUCACAACUUUCCAGACCUGAACAACAUAAUGUGGGAUAUAAAAGAGCUGGCAGUAGAUAAAUCCAAGGUCCCCAACCACUACAUCCCCAUCCCAGAAUACUACACUAAAGAAGACGCCGUAGUUGCCCCGGUGACGCGAGCCGUCAUCAGCUGGAUGCAGGAAAUCCCGUUCGUGCUCAGCGCCAACCUGCACGGGGGGGAGCUGGUGGUCACCUACCCCUACGACUGCACGCGGGACUGGGCCCCCCAGGAAGACACGCCCACGGCCGACAACUCCUUCUUCCGCUGGCUGGCCACCGUGUACGCCUCCACCAACCUGGCCAUGGCCAACCCCAACCGCAGGAUCUGCCACUACGAGGACUUCCAGCAGCACAACAACAUCAUCAACGGAGGAGACUGGCACACGGUGCCCGGCAGCAUGAAUGACUUCAGUUACCUGCACACCAACUGCUUCGAGGUGACGGUGGAGCUCUCCUGUGACAAGUUCCCUCAUGCCAGCGAGCUUCCCGUGGAGUGGGAGAACAACAAGGAAUCCCUGCUCAUUUACAUGGAGCAGGUUCACCGAGGUAUCAAAGGUGUUAUCCGGGACAAGCUCACCAAACAAGGAAUAGCAGACGCAAUCGUCAAAGUGGAGGAUCACGACCAUGACAUCCGAUCAGCUGCUGAUGGAGACUACUGGCGCCUGCUGAACCCGGGCCAGUACAAAGUGGUGGUUUGGGCUUUAGGUUACAUCCCGUCCAUGCGUCACUGCCACGUCGGCAUGGAGCCACGUGCUACGAUCUGCGACUUCAACCUGGUCAAGACGCCCAUCGAGAGGCUGAAGGAAAUCCGGGCCAAGGGAGGAAAGAUCCCCCAGGACCUUCAGCUACGACUGCGGGCUCUCAGGUUCCGUAAGCUCCGCGCCAGCACCAAGGCCAUCAACCGGCGCAGGGAGAGCCAGCGCAGGGCUCGGUCCUCCUGAGCCGGAGACGGGACGAGGGGCUGACGAAGCCUCGGAAGAGAUCUGGGAAGACCUGACGAGACUGCCACCUGAGAGCAAGGACACAAUUAACUGACACCAACAAAGGUUUAACAGAAGCACAACACAUGCUAUGCUUCUGUUUUACAUGUUAGACCGAUACCAGUGUGGCAAUCUCAGCUUUAAAAGUGUUUUAUUUGGGUGUACUGGCCCUUUAAGAGCAGAAAGGUGCUUCAGCGGUGAACACCCUAGAGCAGGACAUGACCUCUUAGUUCAGACACCAUCAAAGUUGUGUAAUUUACCAUGUUAAUUUAUACUAAACAGGGAAAUCAGAGAAAGAUAAAGGUUAGCUUGUGAUAGGGAACUUGGAUAUGAUUUAAAGGAGGAAUCUUUCAGCCUCCUCCUUGUUAAAGCAACCAGAUUGAAUGCAAAUUCAGAUGAAUUUCUGCCUUAUCUGUUCUUUUGUCAGAUUAACAGAUUUCUGAAAUCCUGCACAAAACAGCACGACUGAAGUCACAUCAUUACGAGCCCAGGGACCACGUGCUUGUUUUUAAGAGAGGCCUCUGGCAGGGGAACGUUUUAAAAACGAGCCAUCUUAACCUUCUGUGGAAAGUUUAUAUCAGAUAUUCUCCUGCCCUUCGUGACCCUCGUCCAAAUAUACUGAAUAUUACGUCACUAACGUUCUGAAACAAUGAACUUUUCCUUUUGUACACUAAAUGAGUAUUUCACUGUCAGCUGGCCUGAUGUUUUGUUUUCAUGCCGUUUUUUAAUUUCCUGACUUAAGUCCAGUAGGACCAGUUACUGAAAUAAAUGUUUAUGCUUUUAAUGAUA